CGCCCCCGCAGCCAUGUCGUGGCGGCGGGCGCGCAGCCGCCGGGCGGCCGGGGCCGAGGGGGGAGCCCCCGCGGGAGCCCCCGCGCCCGGCGAUGCGGAGCGGGGCAUGGCGGCACCGGGCCUCACGCUCUGCCUCAAGCUGCUGGCCGCGGCCUUCUACGGCCUCAGCUCCUUCCUCAUCGUCGUCGUCAACAAGAGCGUCCUCACCACCUACGGGUUCCCCUCCUCGCUGUGCGUGGGGCUGGGCCAGAUGCUGGCGACGGUGGCGGUGCUCUGGGCGGGCAAGGCGCUGCGGGUGGUCAAGUUCCCUGACCUCGACAGGCACGUCCCCCGACGGACGUUUCCUCUACCUCUCCUGUAUUUUGGGAACCAGAUCACAGGACUGUUCAGCACAAAGAAACUGAACCUGCCGAUGUUCACCGUCCUGCGGAGGUUUUCCAUCCUGUUUACGAUGUUUGCUGAAGGUUUCUUACUCAAGAAGAAGUUUUCCUGGAGCGUUCAGAUGACAGUAUUUGCCAUGAUCAUCGGUGCAUUCGUAGCUGCUAGUGCUGACUUGGCAUUCGAUCUGGAAGGAUAUAUUUUUAUCCUUAUUAAUGAUGCCUUAACAGCUGCAAACGGUGCCUAUGUGAAACAGAAGCUGGAUUCAAAGGAGCUGGGAAAAUACGGUUUGCUGUAUUACAAUGCACUGUUUAUGAUCCUUCCCACCUUGACCAUUGCCUACUUCACCGGAGAUGCGCAGAAGGCAGUGCAGUACCAGGGCUGGGCAGACGUGCUCUUCGUCAUGCAGUUUACGCUCUCGUGCGUGAUGGGGUUUAUUUUGAUGUACUCCACAGUUCUUUGCACUCAGUAUAAUUCUGCUCUUACAACUACAAUAGUUGGCUGCAUUAAGAAUAUUUUAAUAACCUAUAUUGGGAUGUUUUUUGGAGGAGACUAUAUUUUUACGUGGACAAACUUCAUUGGUUUAAAUAUCAGUAUUGCUGGGAGCCUGGUGUAUUCCUACAUCACUUUCACCGAGGAGCAAAUGAGCAAGCAGGCCGAAGCUGGCAGCAAGAUGGAUAUUAAAGGAAAAAGCUCUGUGUGACCAGGAAAAGGGUUUGUUGGUGUUGUUUUGGUUUUUUUUUUUUUUUUUUUGGAAGCAACCUCUUGCUGUUCCGCUGAUCAGAGGCAGAAUGCGGGAAGGAAGCCAGGGCGCCUGCCAUGGAGUAACGGUGAUUCUCUUAAUUUGCACAAUCUAGAUUGCUGCCUUUACAAAUUACUGGGAAGGUAACUGACCGCACGGUGAAGAACACAGCUAAUUAAGUCUGAUGGUGAGGAAUUUCUGGGUUUCUGAGCGUGGCGAGCUGUGGCCGUGGAGCCUGGCGGGACCGGCGCACACGUGGAAUGGGUGAAGGGCUGAACCCCAGAGCGCCCGGCGUCUCGGGCCGGGGGCUGGGGCUGCUCCCGGCCUCCCCCCGGCUGGGGGACCAGCAAGACCCCCGUCCUGGGCAGGGUCGGGGCCCCAGGGGCAGGUGAACCCCCCCCCCCCCUCAGCGAGCGCUGGUGUUCCCCCAGCAAAGCCGCAGCGGCGGCUGCUCCCGCGUCGGGCCAAAACCUCUUUGGUGAAUGCUCAGUGCUCGCCGAACUUUGAUAUUAUUUGUUUGUUUGUUUUUGUUUUUUUUUUUUUUAACCCGCUUUGCAAACUGGGUUUACCCUCCUUGGUUCGAGCCCUGCAACCAUUCUCCCCUCCCUUUCCUGCCCGAGGUUGGUUGUUUUUUUGAGGCUCAGGGACGUUCCCACCACGGAGGCUUUACCCGCAGCCGCUGAGCUCAGCCCCCUCAGCCCACCCCGGGGUGGGGGGGAGCGGGUCAGAAACCUUUGGAUUUGGGAAUACUGCACUUCGGAUCCCACAGGGAUGAGCUGCAGGGGUUGCAGGAGAGCUGAGAGCAUCCCACAGCAAUCCCAUUGCCACCGGGCGUUCAAUUGCCCAGGGACUCAAAUCCUGGGGGGUUUUGGGGCAAAUUAAUGAGAAACAAGCAGGGCUGAGGGGGGUGGGCGGCUCUGUGGGAGCCCACGCUGCAGCACCAGCACUUCAGCUUUGUCCAAACCCUGGCCCCCGGGUCGUGGUUUUUGAUGUACCAAGUCUUUGGUUUGUGCCCCGUUAAGAAAGAAUGGGCUUUUUAAUAUGUCAGGCAGUGUUAACUGAUUUUUUUUUUUUUUUUUUAAAGGUUGUCUUACACACAGCACUUCUUUCUAGGUCUCUCCUUUUGGUUUAAAAAGAAUUGUUUCUAAAUUUGGUUAAAACAAUUUUGGUAAAGCUAUAUAUUUAUGAGCGUUUUGUAUACAUUCCUUUGGUAACCAGGAAAAUAGCUUCUGUAGCCAACGUAAUCCAUUUCUGGAAGAUACUUGUUAAAAAUGUACCUGCUGUUUGGCGAAGCCGCGUUCAGCCAAGUUUUUAUACAGAACCGAGAAUUUCUGUAACGGCUCUGGUAAAGGAUGGGGAGGGCGUUUGCUCCCAAAUUCCCCUUCCUGGAAUUGGUGGGGCUGGAGCAGGAGGCUCCGGGGUCUUCCCUGCCCUUGGGGGGGGGUUGUGGCAUUUAUAAGGCACCUGGCAGCACCGAGGAGCUGAGUCACCCCUCCUGGUGCAGAAUUCCCCCCCCCCCCCCCCCCAAAAAAAAAAAAUUUAAAAUUCCUCCAUUAUUUUUAUCGCCGCCUAAAUUUCAGUAAAACCUCAGAUUUGCAGGCGGCUGCAGGGCACUUCUUUUUUGUAAGGAAAGAUGAUGAAUGGUUCCUGCUGUUCGGAAGACCCAGAGCUACUCCUGCAUCAGCUCCGGGGGGGUGGGUGGGGGGGUUCCUGGUCCCUGCACUGGUUCCCAGUAGCCGGGCAGUGCUGGGACCACCCCCCCUCUGGCUUACUUGCCCGACCAGAAAUAUUUGCAAAUCACUUUUUGCUUGGAACUUUGCUGUGCUGAGGCAGUUGCAGUCAGGAUGUCAAUUCUGUUUAAUUUUUUUUGAAUCUGCUGGUUAGAUUUGUUGGCCAAACGGUAAAAUAUUUUUAAAGCUUAUUUUGUUUGUAACUGGGCACGCUUCGGUGCCAGGGUCGGGAUGGUAUUGUAUACACUGGGAAAGCAAACAGAGUUCCUACAACAGUAUUUUCUACCUUAUUAAUCAACUAAAGUUUUUUCUAUAUAGAAUCUAUUUACAAAAUGCCCAUUUUAGUGAUUAAAAGGGUGACCUUUUUAUUUGAAUGUACGGCAGGCUUUAUAUGUCACUCAGUGAUGAUAGCAAAAAGAAUUUUAUGUGCCUAUGUAUUUUUGUACUGGCUUCAAAUAAACCAAUGACCUUCCCUCUCCUCCUA